AUGUUGGCGGCUGAGGAUCUCUUGUGCUUGUCCGAUGAGUUUCCACCCGAUAUUGAGGAGUUUGCCUCUGUGGAUGCGAUACAACGGAAGAGGAGGAAGAUCAGCACUAACAGGAAUACAGCAUCAAAGUGCGAGCAGAGGUGUGGGGGAUCGGAGUGCUUGUCCGAUGAGUUUCCAGCCGACAUUGAGGAGUUUGCCUCUGUGGAUGCGAUACAAUGGAAGAGGAGGAAGAUCAGCACUGACAGGAAUACAGCAUCAAAGUGCGAGCAGAGGCGGGGGGGAUCGGAGUGCUUGUCCGAUGAGUUUCCAACCGACAUUGAGGAGUUUGCCUCUGUGGAGUUUGCCUCAGGGAAUCCUUUUGUCGUAUAA